AGUUCCUAAGGCGGCGAGCGCUGGACGCUGCAUUGGCAGGGGGAGGGCAGGAAGGCGGAGACUUAACGAGGGCCCCCUCUCCUAGGGGAGGGCCGGAGGGGCGUCCGGGGGACCAAAGGGUCGGGAGGAGGCCGCGGAGGGUGGCGUCAGGGAGAGGCGCGCGGGGCCGCGGGUGAGGGGGCCGCGCGUCCGGGGAUCAGCUCCGCGGUCUGGGGAGGGGGCGCGCGCACCUUGCGGUUUUCCGCACCGGCUCGGUUCCCGGUGCGGGGUCGCGGCGGCGGCGGCGGCGGCGGCGGGAGGCGGAGGAUGCGGGCUCCAGGAACAGCGGCGCGAGCCCGGGAGGACGCGGGAGGAUGAAGAGGAGGCCGGCGGUCCGGCCGCGCGGCGCCGGGAGGAGGCGCAGGCGGCGGGGGCGGCGGCGGGCGGCGGCGGGCGCGCCGGGUGCGGGCCGGCUCCGGCGCGGAGGAUGAAGUGGAGCGUCCGCGGGGCCUGCGCCGCGCUUUCCUCCUGCCUGCUGCUCGCCUGCGCGCUCAGCGCCGCCGCGGUCGGCCUCAAGUGCUUCUCACUGGGCUCUGAGCUGCGCGGGGAGCCGUUCCGGCUAGGGGCGGCCGCCGGAGCCUUUUACUCGGGGUUGCUGUUGGCCGCCGGCCUCUCUCUGCUCGGCGCCGCCCUGCUGUGCUGCGGGCCCCGGGAGGCGCCCCUCGCCGGGUCAGGGGCCAGGCCGGGCCCGGGACUCAGGGUCCCAGCAUCUCCGGCGGGCGCCCCGGAGCCCUCUCCUGGAGAAACGCGGGCGGCUGCCGGGCCCUCCGGGCCGGUGAACAGCCAAAACCUGCUGCUCCUAGGCGUCCUGGUCUUCAUGCUCGGGGUUCUCAGCGCCUUUGCGGGAGCAGUGAUCGACGGCGACACAGUGUCCCUGGUGGAACGCAAGUACUCCCACUAUUGCCUGCCCCCGCGCACGCCGGCCGCUGGCCCUGGCCCGGCCGCUGGCUCUGUAGCCCCAGGCACUAGCACGCAGCGCUCCCGCAGCAACCUGGACAGCAACACGACCGCCAAAUGCCGCCAGCUGAAGGACUACCAGCGCGGCCUGGUGCUCUCCACUGUAUUCAACUCGCUCGAGUGCCUGCUGGGCCUGCUCAGCCUCCUGCUGGUCAAGAACUACAAGUCGUCGCAGGCCCGGCGCGGCCGCCGGGGCCGCCGGAGGGCAAGCCGAUCUUUGGCGCGACCGCGGGGCGGACCCGGGCUCCGCGCUCAGCCGCUAGCCUCCCGGACCCGGCGUGGCCGCCGGGGCAAAAGGGGGCGGCGGCUGCAGCCACGGCCCAGCGAGGCCUCCAUCCUAUCCCCGGAGGAGUCCAACUUCACCACCCCAGGAGAUUGCGCGAGCUUCGCGGCACACCACGCUGUGUCCUACAUCAACGUGGGCGUCUUCCACGCGUUUGACGAGGCGGGCGUGGAGGUGUGCUGUGGCGGGCACCCGUCUGUGGAACUGCCAGGGUAUGCGCCCUCCGACCCCGACCUCAACGCCUCCUAUCCCUAUUGCUGCCGGCCGCCCUGUGAGAUGGCGCGCCCUUGGGAGCCUAGCCGAGCCUGCUGAGUUCAGGCCCCAUCCCCUACAAGACAUCCAAAAGGGCAGCAGUCAGGCUUUGCUUGGUGUUGUGCCUGCGUGGGGCUUGGCACUUAUUCUGGCCCGGCCUUGUGAUAUCUGCCAGACUCUAGGAUACUAUGUGGUAUUCUCCUUUCUGUGAGGAAGUGUCUCCCUUCUGUGUCAUUCAUAUCCGGAUUCCAUUUAAAGUUUACAAUAAAUGUUUGGGUUGGGCUCGCUGAUCACACUUCUCUUAGUCGAGUCCAUACCCCAGAACUGUGCUUGGAGGUCCUGGGUCGAAUGGGCAAGAACAGAACGCCUAGCAAAGGUGAUUUCACGUAGAGGACCUCUGCUGAGAGUGCAAAGCGGUUGGCACUGUAGGAACAGAAGUAAAGAACAACCAACAGCAACACUUUGUACCUGGAUGUGCCUGCUUCUGUCGACACUUUCUUACUGUAAAGCUCUCCAUAAACAGUGAAAAAUGUUUGGUAAAUUUAUUGCAAUUUGACAUUGGUGAGUUCCUUUAUUAAAUUGAUUGCUAUGUUAUUGGAGAAUGUCCAUCAGCUUGGAAUUGGAGGAUGUCUACAUGCAAAUCAGCAUGGGGGAGAGUGACUGAAUUGGGACAGACAAAUGCUGAGUUAGAACAGCUGUGUUCUGCUAGCUGGUUGACUAGGUCCAACCUGUCUCUGAGCUAACAGCUGUGUGGAGAGACACUGAUGCCAGACCCCUGCAUUUCAGUUUUUGGAAACUGGUUGUGUGGUUUCUACUGCAAAGCAGUAGGCUUUAUUUUUGGUUAAUACAUAUGAACCGUUUAAUCCUAUUUUAAAAAAUCAAAGUCUUAGUUUUUCUGCAAAAUAAUUUUCCUGUUAACUCAAUAAUCUGGUGAUUUUAAUUAUAUAGCAUUUCAUUUAAAUACACCACUCUAAUAGCCUUAAUGAAUGUGAAGGACAUACCUUUAAGUGAGUAUAAUAUGCGUGUAACCAUUUACACACAAUAUGAAAUGAGUUCUAUAUGACUGGAGUGUCUCCAUCCUUCUGGUGGGCUGGCUGGGAGUCAAACGGGCUUUUAAGUCUUGGGAAAAGGUGAUCUGACCUCCAUGAGACCAGGCAGGUAGUGACUCACAGACUAGCUGGGAGCAGAGCUCUGACCAAAAAGGUGCUUCUUUUAUGUAGAGGAGGGCAACAGUUCCUCUGCAUGUGCAAAUUACCCAUGUAUCUACCAAGCACCACAGGCUAAAAGAGUAAUGGAAAUCCUGAGUAGUGUCUUCAGUGUGCAAAAGGCUACUUCUGUGAAGAGGAGGUCACAUGUUGUGUGAUAAGGCCUUUCUUCAAUCCCCAAAUGCCCUGCCCAGAGCUCCCCUGUAUCCCUGUGACUGUAAGCAGCCUACCCCACUUAUAACCUGGAUCACUGCCCUCUUGAGCUAGGACACUAGAGGAGGAAGGUGCCCAGUCCCAUUUCCAUGAAGAAGAGUGAGGUCUGAGCCAAGCUAUGGUGGUGAGAACUGGUCUCACCUCUGCUUAGACAUUUCCUUUGAAACUUGAGGAUCUGAUCAGUGUCAACAAGUUCAGUCCUGGCAGUUGUAUUUAAAGCAACCCAAAAGGCAGCCAUCACUCAUGGCUAGCUCUUUCCACUCUCACCUGUAUUGGACCUUUGAUCUCUUGGGGCAAGGAGAGAGAAGAGGCUAAACCUCCUGUUGUUGUCUAUUCAGUCCAGCUCUCCUGCAUAAGCUGAAAUAUUGCAAAUGGCAGUGUAAACCGACUGAAGAUCUACCCAAAUCCAAACAUGUGAUAUUGAUGGACAUUUACAGCUGAGAGCAGAGACCUCACAGGUGGCUACUGGCCAUUCUCUUGGGUCCAUUCAAAAGCCUUGUGGAUGAGCACAAGCAGCCUAGGUGGAGUGGGUCUAUGGGCUGCAUAGAUGAACCAAGAUCCAAAUUGGUCCUUUGGUUUUUUUCCCCCGGAGACAGUUAGUCAUGCACAUUUCACAUAGCUCUAAAUCUUAGAUGCCUCAUGAGUCUUUUAAAUUGUCUAUCAAGGCCAGUAGCCUCUCUACAUUUCAGAUUUUUGGCGGGAUGGGAGAGAACAGAAGUUUUGUAGAAAGGAUUUGGGUGGGCAAACCCAAAUACCAGGGAAGGCAGAGCAUUGUGAGAUCUGUGUAUAUUGUCUGAUCAGGGCAACAGGGGGACCUGGGGUGUGGGAGGUGAGGGCUUUCCCCUAGACCUGGGCAAAUAAGUCUCCCAAGAAAAAUGAAUUAGGUGAAUGUUCUGAGACUUGCUGUUCCUAACUCCCAAGCACAUAAAUAUUGCUAGUUCCACUUUUUCCAAGGUGGAUAUGAGAUAUGUGAGGUAGCAAAGUUUCACUUUCAAAGUUUACUGGAAAAAAGAAACCUUGUAACUCUUAUUGUUAAAAGUAGUUUCCUAGAAAGAGCAGUUCUCAGUGGAGAGGUCUCGAGGCUGUUAUCACCUCACUUUGCAUUCCAACUCACAGCAGGUUUAUUCAUGUCCUCCCUUCUUUAAUGAAGUUUUAAGUAGUUGUCCAAGGCUAAUUCUUUGUGCUACUUGGAAAAUAAGUUUCUUCUUGGCCUUUCUUCCAAAAUUAGACACAAACACAUCUUAGUGUUUUUACAUGCUAAGUAUUAGUUGUAAGGCAUUGUUUGUUCAGCAGUAGAAGCUCACUGUCCUUAGGGCUGGGGGCUUAGUUUUAAGAGGCUAGGACAUGGCAUGGACUUGGGCAGAUGUCAAACAAGCCUUGUUUUCUUUUUGUUUUUGUUUUUGUUUUUUAUAGAAUCAGUGGACACUGGUGCCUGGGUUUUUAAUGCAUUGCCUCAGAAGGAUGUUCUGUUCUGGGUGACAUAAAGUAAUACUACACAGCUGAGUCUUUGGAUGAAAAUUCAGUUAAACAAUCAUUUAACAACCAUUUAACCAGCCAAAUGUUUGGUUGUGAAUUUCAAAGUGCUGAUGCCUGACAAUCUGAUGAAUUAAAGGGGCAAACCUUGAAUCCUUAUGCACACAUGCAUAUGUAUAUGCUUGUAUAUACCAGGAUGCACAUACCACAUGACAGAACAUGAAUGAUUUUGCAUACAGUAACAUAUACAUAAGUGUUUAUGCUCACUAAUGAAUGCACAUACACAUGUGCAUAUCUGCAUGAACAUGCACAUAUAGCCUCUUGCAUGUUUGAGGGUCAGGCCAAAUAAGUGAAGUAUGGGCAUCAGAGAGAGAGUGUGGCAUCCAUUCUUGGCUUUGUGGGCUGGCUGUGGGCCCCUGAUCUUGUAUUUCUCUCUCUGCUGCAGUAUGUCAUAGGAUGAACAUGCAGGAACCUCUGAGGACAUAGCUAAGUGGGAACAGGCAAAUACAGAAGACCAUCUCCAGUGUCAAGGCAUCUCAGUGGGUUCAUGGUGGGAUGUUCUGGGACCUGGGCAAGGGUUAGGCUAUCAGGCUGAAUUCCCAGGCUCAGAACCUGCUACAUGCAACUCCAGUGAUGGCCACUUGGCACCUUCUUUUGAAGAUGGGCUCAUCCUACAGUAUCCCCAAAAGUCAUCAUCACCCAAAAUAUUUCUUCUCACUACAAACUCAGAGAAGAGUAAUAAAUGGCAGAGACCUUAUGGACAAUAAGCAUGUAGAGUUAAGAACUAGGAGCUUAUAUACCUGUUCCAUCUGAGAGUCUCAUGCAGUCUCAUGUCAACAGGUAUAAUAUCCAAAGGCCCAGUGUCCCUGCUUGGUUUACUGCCUAAUCAAAAGGGAGAAAGAAAUGAAUUUAGGACAACAGCAAGCAACUAUCCUUAUUUUCUCAAGAUUGAAUUCUGAGCAACUCCUGGGAUAAAAGGAGAAGCUUCGUGAUUCUGUUGAUAAACUUCCUUCCAGAGGGAGACAUAAACCUCCUCCUCCUAAGGUCCCAACAACAAACUGAGGUAUGAUUUACUAGAGCUCACUUUGAGGAACCAAUGAGUUUAUUGAGCUUAUAAAGCAUAGGUGAAAGGUGUGGGUGUUCCCUACCAAAAGCCCCUCCCCCAUUGGAAAGAGUUGACUCAGCAGGGAUGCCAGCUUUCCCAUAGUCACAUCAAUGCACCUCUCCCCCAAACAACCCCCAGUCUUCCCUGGCUUGUGUAGCCUAGCCUCUCCCUGAGGCCAUGUGCUGUUAAGGCAGAGUUACAUAGAGCAGGCAGUAUGGAGUAUCUUGACAGAGUCAGCAAACUUCCAAAGACGUGAGUUAUUUGGCUAGGAAGAUUGUCAAGGAUAGCAGUCCCAUGGCAAAUGUGUCCAACACAGUAUUCUUAGUCUCUGUGCUUUAGAUUUUAUACUUGUGGUUUUCUCUCAGAGAAUUUCUGAUCUUGUAAUAUUUCACUUUAUCAGUCAUUGAUCCUCAAUGGAAUGUCACUGUUGGAUCAAUAAAAUCUCUUUUUAAAACA